UUUGGAACAGAAGGCGGCAGCACAAGGAAGAAGAAGUAGAAGAAGAAGUGUUCGGUGGCCUCUCGUGGAGCUCGUGGAGCUCGUGGAGUCGCUCGCUCGUGGAGUCUCGUGAGCUUCGACGUGGCGAACGGACUGUCCUGUUCUCUGCGGGGAUUCUCUGGCCUCGGAUUCUCUGGUUCUCUGGCCUCGGUCCUGUCCCGGAGCGUUCCUGGAGCGGUGGCCCUGUCCUAUUCUCUGCGGGGAACUGGUCAACGCCUGCACAGACUGUUUCGGCAGCCAUGCUUUUCGCCCUCGUGGUGGCCGUCGCAGCGGUCUUGCUCCUGCUCAAGCCGGUCACCCACACUGUGGUGAAGAGCACCAGGCUGCUGCUUGGGUAUUGCCGCCACUACCUGAUCGAAAGCACAGCUGACGGUGCGGGAACGGCAAUGGAAGUCAAAAGUCAGAUACACAUCCCCAGCAGUUCUUAUCAAAGCGUGCUUGUGGCGGCCACCUUCCUGGGACUCUGCAAUUUGGUGUGCGCCCUGAUGCUGUGGCGACGGCUCUCCCACAUUCGGGCGCACCGUGCGAGAGCUCUCGCUGUCCCAAGUCGGCUGUCAGCCGGCGAGCCGGCUGGCACGGACUUCCUGGAAGACAACGAUCCGCUGAGCUCUGAACACACCACGCCGGACCCAGGGCACCUGUCCGCAAACCUGCUCGCUGCGUGCGGUCAGCAGUCAUUCGCGACAUUUGACCAGCUCUUCAACAGCAUUGUCUCAAGAGAGCAAGACACGUUCGAGAAAAUUGCCGAGGUCAAGAACUCGGAGGUCUUCCGCGUCCACACUUACACGGGCGACAGCGUGCUCAAGGUGGUGAAGCUCGGCUCCACGCAAGAGUCGCAAGAGCGCCUCCUGACCAAAAUAAAGAUAGCCUCGAAACUCACAAAGCUAAGAGAGGGGCUAGACUACUUCACCAACGGCUUCGUGGAACUCAAGAGCGUCACUUGCGUGUUCGACUCGUUUCCCAAAGAACUCCUCAAGGCCCGAAAACGAGCAGCCCGAACCCUGCAUGAUGAGCGGCGAGACGGAAAUAAGUCGGUUCGAACACCACGAGCGUACCUGGUCUGGCACAUGUCGUACGGCGGCGUUCCUCUCGACCAGCUCAAGUUGGACAGCACGGUGCAGAUCUGGAGCAUCCUCCACCAGGUGGCGAUGUCCCUGGCCGUGGCCGAAGAGGCACUGCAGUUCGAACACCGGGCACUCUUGCUGCGUCGUGUGCUCGUCAAGUACACGUUGGAGAAGACCACACGCUUCACCAUCCGCGGCCGCGACUAUCUCAUCGAGACGUGGUUUAUGGAGGCGUGCAUCUUGGGAGGAGCCUCGGCUCGUCUCAGCGAUGGUGACACAGCGGUCCUCACGGUGACUGAGGACCACUUGCACGAGCCGAUUGACCGUGCUCUUCCAGACGUCGACUAUAUUAUGAAAAUGAUAGUUAGGAACGACUGGCGCGCAUUCUACCCGCAAACCAAUCUUCUAUGGCUGCAUCACGUGACGAAGAAACUACGCCGGCAAUACAAGCGGGCAUUCGGCCGCUACAUGAACGACUUCGAGAAAGUGUUCUGGACGGACAUCGGCAGCUGGAAGCAGGAGCUGCUGCAGUACUCUUCGCUAGCCGAGUUCGCAAACAACCUCCCCGACGUCCGAGCGCAAAGACGCCAAGGGGGCUUGACGACUACGACGACGCGCUGAUUGCGCGAGGGCAAACACGUCUGCUCGAAAUUCUUUCGGCAAUAUUGCUGCAGCCUGUCGUGUUCCCUUGGUAUGACACUUUCGUAAAGUGCGGGGUGUACCUUUGAUGUCUGCCAAAGACAAGUUUAUAGCAGAGCACUAACUAACAAUUGGCGCUUUGCUGGUGGCUGGACUUUGGAGAAACGAUUGUCAUUUGACUGUCAAAAACAGUACACUCACUCAGCCUUGCACAGCUGUUAAGGCGUACAACCACACCUAACCUUCUUUUGAACGAAGCUGAUGCCCAAUACCAAGCGUAGCGGUAUAAAACUAAUAACUAACUCUAUAACAGUUUUGUUAUGAUAGCGGUAUACUUUUGGUGUUUGUCAAAAGGCCACUCGUGCUUAGAAUGUGAGAGCGCGGCUUGGGUCGCCUUUCAGCGAAGUUCACGCUUUAUCGUAAUGCGGGUCAUACUGCCCCAGCCUGUCUUGCUAUCUUCAUUAUGGAUUUGUAAUGUUCAGCGAACCCUUGACGUUUGUGAGAAGUCUCUCGCCACGACUGUGCGAGAGUAUAUGGACCCUUUUCACGGCGACCCCGCGGACGCCAACAGGUUUGAUCACGUGGUGACGCGUCUGUUAGCUGUCUCAGCUGCCUCCCCCACCUCCGCGUUUUCAAUCGGUUGUGCACGACGCACUGAUGCGGAUAAGCAAACCGCUAUUUCAGCAUAUGUCGUAGGCGGUGACUGGGUGGACGACACUCGAAGCUUUGGCCACCGAUUCCGAAAACACGCAAGCGCUUUUGCAAAUUAUUGUGCCUUGUCCGAACGGCGCCAGCAGCGUGUACAUGCCGUGCUUGCGCUUUAACUUAAAUUCCGGCAUUUUACGCGCCAAAACCACCAGUUCAUUACGAGGCAGGCCGCAUUGAGGGAUUGACCACCUUCGGGUUUCUAAAGUGCGCCCAAUGCAAAGCACACGGGCGUUUCUGCGUUUCACCCCAAUGUAGGAAAGGCCAGGAUUCGAUCCCGCGCCUUAGGGUUAAUAAUAGCGCCGCGCCAUAGCCACUAUACGUCACCACGGCAGGUUGUGCUUGUACUAGAAGCGGGGCUGGAAAUGUUUCCCUGUUGGGCGAACUUUCCGCUCAUGAAUUAAAACAAUGUCCGAGCAUUUUACUAUUCGUUCUUCAUUUGGCUAACACUUUGAAGCAGCGGCUUGUCAUAUUUCCGAUUCGGUAAAAUUCCUGAGUGCGGUCACUAUCUGAUAUGCGACAGAUUUUGUUCUUGCUGCGCAGAAUGCUUGGAACGUAUAUGUUCUUCACUCUGUAAUAGCUCGUAGAAGAGAUCUAUUAUGGCUACUUACUCGCUUACUCUGUGGACCGUUACGAAGCGUUCAGCUUAAGACAAUCGUAUAUUGUCGAUGUAGUAGCCGUAAUCCAUGCUUUGUGGUGUGCUCACCCGUGCUUUUGGGACAAAGGAACGACAGCACAGUAGUGCAAACAAUCACAGGGGCAUUUAUUCCACCUUUUAUAAACCAACAUACAGCCAGCCGAAUAAUCGAUAGCA